AUGGAGCCGCAAAUCGUAUACUAUCCACGACCAGAAUACAUAGAAACGGAUACUGGAAACAAGGUCAGCCGUAAAAGUGUAAUAUGUGGCAGUCAGAAUAUAAUUCUAGGCGGUAAGACCAUAAUCCAGACUGACUGUGUGAUUCGUGGAGAUUUACGACGUACUGGUGUUGGGCAUGCAGUAGUAGUUGCCAUCGGAAGAUAUUGUCUCUUAUCCAGAGGCAGCAUAAUACGUCCACCGUAUAAAACAUACAAGGGAAUGUUCAGUUACUACCCGAUGAAGAUUGGUGACCACGUCACAAUUGGUGAAGGGAGUAUUGUGGAGGCGGCUACAAUAGGUUCCUUUGUUCAUAUUGGAAAAAAUUGCGUGAUCGGAAGAUUUGCCAUUAUCAAGGACUGCUGCCGUAUUGAGGAUAACACGGUAAUACCGCCGAAUACUGUCGUACCUUCAUUCUCCAUCUACGAGGGAUCUCCUGGCGUUUGUGUCGACGAACUCCCCGAGUGUGUCCAAGACUUGUACGAAUCGCAAACCAAAGACUUUUACACGAAAUUCCAACCUUCAAAUUGA